UUUCUUUUAUUUAAUUAGUGUUUGUGUAAAAUAUUAAUAAUCAGAUGGGCGAACGAUAAUGUACCAUCCGGUGCGAAGAAAAAUGACGAAUUGUAUCACAAGUGCCAUAUUUAUUAUAUGUUUAGUAUCGCCAUCAUUAACAGACCCAAGAGCAUUUGAUGUACCGUUCAAAAGAAACGACAAAAAGCAAGAAGAUGCUCUUGAUAACAAUAUUAUAGACUUUGAUGAUGAAUAUUCAAUUAAAUUGAAUAAAAAUUACGACACAGCUUCAUGGAAAAACAUAGAUAAUAAAGAUAAUUAUAGGUAUACUAUAGUUAAAGAUAAAAUUAAAAAUAAAGAAAAAACAAACCAAAAUAAAACAGAUGAAAUAAAAAAUAUUACAGAAGCAACUAAAGCAAUAGAAGAAUCAACAGAACUGUCAGAAUUUAGUGUUAUACCGUUAGAAUUAGUUAGUACUACAGAGAAUAUAUUAGUAAGUGUAGUCGAAAGUACUACUGAAGCGGACUUAACAGUAAUACCACUGUCAACUACGAAAAGAAUAUUACCACAGAUAGAUAUCCAUCAAACAGUUACUCUACCAGCUUCAACACAACCAUCAGAAGAUUAUACACCAACUACAGAACAUGUCGACGUUACAACAAAACACAAUAUAAAUAAAAUAAGUACAACAACAAGCGUAGAUGUAACAACUAAUACAAAUAAUGAAAAUAUAACACUAUUAGAUGUAAUAGCAGCUGAAACAAUUCGUAAUAAUUCAAAUAUCGAAUUUGAAAACAAAGAAACUAAUGAAAAUCAUACUACCGAAGAAAUUGAUACAACGACAGUAGUUACAACUGAACACGUCAACAUUAUACUGAACACUACUUCUUCCAUCGAAUCUAUUAAUCGAUUAGAUGAAACUACUGAUUCCAGUGAAACUACAGAAUCUAGUGAAGAAGAAGUUCCAAUUUUUACAGAAUUAGAUACAGGAGAAGAAGAAGAAAAGGACGUCCCAGAAGAUUAUUACGAUUCGAAAGAUAUUGUCCCGACAACUGCACCGAAAACAGACGCAUUAUCAGUAAUUUUUGGCUUCGCUGGCAGCGUUGUCGAAAGUGUUGUAGAGACGGUAGCUGAGAGGGUAGUACCAAAUUGGAUUUACGACAUUUACAAACGAAUGCAGAAGCAAAGUGAGGCGUUGGAAGCUGAGAAGUUAAGAAGUAGGGAAGAAAAUGGAGGAUUGGGUCAAUUUGGUCGUGGAAUUCUGAAGACAAUAUCUUCGGGCAUCAGCAGACCUUUCAGUCAACUAAUGGCGGGUGUCCGAGACAUCGGAUCUCUGGACAGUGAUCGAGGGUUCGUCAGUAGUUUGGCAUCUGGUGUGACCAGCGUUGCAAAUGUCGCCAAUACUGUUGUGGACGCCUUCAAAGAUAGAGUUCAAGCGAUUUACCCAGGUACGGUAUGGUGUGGUGACGGGCACGCCGCUGCAGCACGCUCCGGGGAGCUGGGUUUGUUCUUUUUCACCGACACCUGCUGCCGGCAGCACGAUGCCUGCAAGAUCUACAUACGGGCUGGAGAGACCAAAUACGGUCUUACUAACACUGGUCUAUUCACACGUUCUCACUGCAGCUGUGAUAUGAAGUUUCGCGACUGCUUGCGGCGGACAAACUCACUGGUUUCUGCUCAGAUAGGUCUCACGUACUUCAACGUGCUGGGACCGCAGUGCUUCAGGAAGGCACAUCCUAUCGUCAAAUGUGUGCGCCGUACUAGGAUAACCAGCCAGAAAUGCGAAGAGUACGAGCUGGAUUACACCAAGCCUAAGAUGUGGCAGUGGUUCGAUUCUGAAACCUUCUGAAGUAGACCAUCAGCUGACCAACUGGACACCAGACUACCAGCCAAUGAGACACGGCGUGAUAUCGAAAAUACUAACAGAAUAAAGGAAAUAUUGAACUUUGACGCAGAAACUUCGACUUUUGUUUACUUUAGAGGCAGUUUUUCUUAAAAUUUAAUACCUUCUUCCACUGCUGCACAUUAUCAUUAAGAGUGCGCUACCCUUUGACUAAACUAUUACACAAUUCGCUCGCUUUGAUUCCUAUGAGCUUAUAUGGAGGUGCGAACACUACUCGAUUUUGAGUGCAACUAAACAGUUGAAUUGGCUGCGAAACAAUCGAUAAUGACACAACAGUUGUGCGAUAGUUUAGUCGAAGUCGCCCGCUCUUACUCUAUGUUGUUAUUGAUCAUCACCAGCUCACUAUACGUCCCCACCGAGGGGCUCGGAGCCUACCCUAAUAAGGGGUGACUAGGCCAUAGUCAACCACGCUGGCCAAGUGCGCACACACAUAUCUUUGAAUUUCUUCGCUGAUAUGUGCAGGUUGCAUCACGAUGUUUUCCUUCACCGUAAGAACGUCGGGUAAAUUAUGUACAUAUGAAAAUUCGAAAAAUCGAAAAUCACAUAUUACAUGGCGGCGAGAUUCGAACCCAAGACUUGUAGAUUACAAAUCAAGUGUUUAAACCACUGAGCCACCGUGCUCUAUGUUAUUAUUAUUUAUCUAUUAUUAUUACUGGCGACAUACACCCAUGCGGCAAAAUGUUCAAUAAAUUAUUAAAAGUAAAAAAUAAUAUACUUCGUUCCAAGAGUGAAUUUAUAUAUAUUUUUUAUUAAAAUUUUGUAUUGUUUUCUAAUUUGAUAUUAAUUGUAAUUUUUAGAUUAUAGGUUUUUAUGUCUAAUCGUGUAAAUAAGUCUACGUUGUCAUUAGAACUAGCUGUUCCCGCGCAAAUUAUCAAUAACAAAUGUCAAAAUAAAAUGACAUGACAAACCUUGACAAUCUUACUUCCUUGAUGUUGGCAACAACUUAUGGCCUAUUUCCCACAUUAGGGUUUUCAUCCAAAAUAUUUACCCACUAAGUUUAUUGGUGUGAAAAUAUAUAGCCUAAAGCAUGACGUAAGUGUAGGGCUUAUUAUUUAAAAGAGAAUUAUUCAAAAAUACGCUGUAAUUGCUGACAUCUUAGACAACAAAGAAGUGUGUGUUUACGCUUUAUUAUAAUAGUAUACUCGUAGAUAUAGAUAUAAAGUCGUAUCAACAUUGUACAUAUCACAUUAUAUAGUGUUCAUGAAUGUAGUGCAAUAAAGAUAUUUUUAAUUAUU